AUGGCGAGGCCUUCGUUGCGCAGCGGGUGUCAGAUAAAAUUCAUUGAAUUUUUGAGAAAGUUUACAAGUUUUCGUCUUCUUGAAUCGUCCUUCCUAAAUCGGAGUACUCGCGUGCGUGGUUAUCCGCACGUGGAAGUAAUCACAUGAACAUGAAUCGGAAGAUUUUUUUUGAAUUGCCUCGUGUAGAAUAGGUUCUUCUUUCUGAUAUGAUCUGGAAAACAAC